AUGCCCAAGGAGAAGACCACUCGCAAGGCUGCGCCUAAGACCAAGGCCGAGAAGAAGAAGAAGGUUGCAGACCCCAACGCGCCCAAGCGUGGUCUUUCCGCCUACAUGUUCUUCGCCAACGAGCAGCGUGAGAAGGUCCGCGAGGACAACCCAGGCAUCAAGUUCGGCGAGGUCGGCAAGCUUCUCGGUGAGAAGUGGAAGGCACUCAACGAAAAGCAGCGCCAGCCCUACGAGGCCAAGGCUGCUCUAGACAAGAAGCGCUACGAGCAGGAGAAGGCUGCUUACACAGCUGCCGAUGAGGAAGAGGAAGAGUCCGAGUAA